UGGAGCACCAAGAGGUCACUAGGUGAAAUCUGGCGUAUGAAGGGUCGACAAUUACGGCUUAGUUUGGUCAGGAGUUCGGAAUUCCACUUAGGUGAAGAGGUACGAGGCAAACUGUUUCGCCAUUGUAGUCGUGAGCUCCAAGGAGAGCUGGUUUCUUCACACAAACAUAGACCAGGUACGGGUAGGGGCGGACUGCAGUAUCGGGACCGCGUCAGCUGUACGUUGGAGCACAAGCUUACUGGUGGAGAUGUGAAAAGGUUCACUGAGAGUACAGACACAACAGAAGAAGUGUAUCGGACCCGCGAAACAAUACAAGCCUACCAUGCACCUCACACUCGUGCUUGUGACCUGUUACUUAUUCUCUGUGACGAGCAUAUCUCAUGGUGAAGGGGUCGAGCAAGGUGCCGAUCCUGCCUGCGAUGUCAGACGGGUGACAGUGCCUCUAGCGAUCAACAACGGAACUGAAGUUCUGUAUUUCAUCAAUGAUUUCCCUGGCAGCCUUAGUGUGCUUGAUGACGUACCGCAAGGGGGCUUCCCUAGUGCCGUCCUUGAGAUCAAAGGCGACUCGGUACAAACUGUGUAUGUACACUGGCGCAUGGAAAGAAGGGAGUCCGGGGCCCUGCAGAUGCACGUGUAUCGGGGCGGCUCUGACGGGCCCGGCACCAACCUGACCGGGGAGGCCACGGUAGUGCAGCCGUCUGCUGCCGCCACAAACAAUAAUACAAUCGUCGUCACGGUGGUGAUACUGGUUGCAGUUUUCAUCCUCUCCUCGAUCUUUGCGUUCAUCUAUCUCCAAGAGAAGCGCCGUACUUGGCACAAGAAGAGAGGUGAUGUUAGCAGUACCAUCAACAAGACUGGUCCACACGGAGCCAGCAGCUUCAAUUCACUUAGAGAUUCUCACAGACGGAGGCUGCUCAGGAGGAAGUCAGACCUGUACAAUGGAGUCCCUGUGAGGGAGACGGGGAGGAACGACACUGACAGUGAGACAGAGUGUAGCCCGCCGGAGUCCGACAGCGAUGACAACGGGGAGGGUGAUCGCGCGAAAAGUGGCCAUGAAAUCAAAGUCGUCUUCAACUGCUCAUCGGAAACGUCAACUCUGCCUCCUUCCAUUCUGAAGAAAAGGCCGGGAAAGACACCCGAUGUCAGCAUUCCAAACGGGAGUGCACAAAACUCGGAGAUUGGUCGCCAUGGCGGCACCGAGUUAACGUUUGGAGAAAUGCUGCCAAACAAGGACGGCGUUCCUGAUAAUUCAGGGUACAUAAGUACAGAAGCAGAAGACCUUGUCAAUGGACAGACAACCAAUGCUGUUGACGUCGCAGUAGACGUUAAACCUCAUGACCUUAUCCUUCCCGCAGACAGUAAAAACGACUCUGUACCCGAGGACUUUGAGCACUUCACAAGAAACAUGAAGACACAGAGAGUCACCUUCCUCACGUCCACACCUCUGUCCAACACGUCGUGCAAAAGAUCGCUGAUGACAGACCGUGGCCCUGAGACGGUGACCAAGGACGUCUGUACCGAGGCUGACCAGGACAGUGGGACCGAGGCGGACAAUGAAGGGAAAAGUCGAUGGAACUCGAAAUCAAAAGGCAGAAAAGGCCCGCCCCUGGGGAAGAAGAUGCUGUUCAUUGCUGUGUGCGUGUGUGUCCUGGUGUGUAUGGACACCCUCGGCGUGAUGUGCCCGGUCACUGUCAGUGUGCAACUGCACAUUCCCAGAAACUUCCUUGCACCAGGUUCAAGGUUCAUUUUACAGCGUGAGAGUGAUGUAGUGUACACCCCAUGGAUGAGACAUACCCCAGCCCAGGUGUAUCGAUACGUGAACUCGUCUACUCGUGAACUCUCGCGAGAUGUGUGUGCGGAACGCGUGCCUUCCGAGAUGUGUGAACACGCGUGCGACCCUGAUACUGGUAGGGAAAUCCAUAAUUAA